UUAACGUAUCGCUUCGUUGUGUACCUCCGUCCGUAAUUUUUGGAACACCCAGCUUCCGUAUUUCCUUCCGUACACUUUGGACACUAACACAUUCAACAGUAGCAAGAUGGCAGCUCGCACUAGGUGACACCGCUCUAGCUCUCCUGUGCACUCUAUUACCAAAAGCUAGGUGAGGUCAUCCAGGAAGUGUCCAGAGUGACGUCAGUGAGCAGCGCCGAUGGGGCUUGCUUGCAAGGCUGCCGUAAAAUGGCCAUAAUUUUCCAGGACUGAGUUUCCCAAUUAUCUUUAUUUUAUGCAUAUAUUACAGACUGGAUAUCUCUGUAGAAUUGUACGAAUACAAAUAACCACAAGCGACACCAGCAGAAUGAGAUGGGGAGGGUGAGGUGGAGAACGUCAGCAGGUGGUUCCUAGAGCUAUAUCAUUAGGCCCUAACCCCUGCUGACAACUGGAAAUUUCCUCAGCAUCAGAGCAGGAGACAUUCGCUACGCUGAUGUGAAUGAUGAAGCAGGCUCAUGAACGCAACCAAGAAUGCCUCCCUCCGAAGAAGCGGGAGCUGCCAGUGAAUAAUAACAAUAGUAACAUUACUGCGGGAGGAGGAACUGGGGGCAAUGGAGGGGGAGCUGAGGAGUCUGUUUCAACCAGCAGUUCUGGUUCCACUGGCAGUGAUGUCCAGGGACACAGUACUUCUGGAGAGUGGAUUAGAGCACAGCCUGCUCCACAUUACAGCUCUGAGAGUUCAGAUGGUAUGGGUGUACCUGUUGAUCAGUUUAGCAUGCUAUAUAAGGUAGCUCUUCCUUCUGGUACUUACUCUCCAUCCAGUCUCCAUCCUGUAUUAAACAUGAGUCACCUCUCUCCAGCAUACAGCGUUCCCCCUGCACUUUUGCAGCACCCAGGGAUUCCCUAUUCCCCCCUUGGAUAUGCACAGAUUCCUCAUUCUUCUCUGCAGUUUGUUGGCUCUCAUUAUGCCGUCCCAUAUGCUGUUCCACCUGGCUUUGUUCCAACUCCUUUAAUUUCCCCACAGGCUGCCAUUUCCCAGCAGCACGUUUCUCAUCUUGUCCCAUACCCUCCAGUAAUCCAUGAAGGAGUCAUUACACCUCCUCCUCAGACUCAGCCUUCAGGCCAUGGUUUUGCCAAAGUGGCCACAGCAGGAGGCCUUUCAGUAGUUAUUACAUCUGAGCAGGCCAUGCAACCACAACCACAGCAUCUUGGAAUGAUUGGAGGACUUACAGCUACUGAAGUCAGUCCUAGAGGGGUGCCAAUUUUUUAUCAGCACCCCAGUGCAAGGGCUUCCACAACCGCAGUUGCUACUUCUGGUGCAGUCUUCAGGGAAGCAUUGAGUCACCAUGAUGACAGCAUUGUUGUGACUCCUCAACAGGACAAAAGGAAAGAGGAGAACGGAGAGGGGGAUAGUCCAAGGAAUAGAGAGAUGCCCAUGGAUACCAUCUACUCUCAUAAAAAUGUACAGGUUCUCCAUAUGGUAACAAAUACAAGCAGAUCUGACAGUUACGUGGAUGGACAAAAUGUAUCACUUAGACAGGCUGCUGUCGAAGAAAGAACAUCGCCCAGCCACAGGAGUACCCCAGACACUGACCUUGAGGUGCAGCAAGUUGUUGGCCGUCUGGUUUCCCCUAGUGCAGUUGGCAGUCGGAAAAAAGUCUCUGUCGUUCCUUUAAAUCUGUCACAGGGAUCUCACCAAAGCAGAGAGGCGAUGCCAGCUGCACAAGAAAGGGAAAGUGCCCGGGCAGAACAGACAGUAAUGCAUAGCACCAUGCAGAGUGGGCAUCAUAUUGUGCCUUUAGAACAAAGAAUUCAGCAGCAUGGUCAUCCUCCACAUCAAGCUGUUGUGCUGGCAAACGGACAGCCCCUAUUGGUUCCUCUAGAUCAUGUUCCUCAGAUGCACAGUUCCGGAAUACAGCAGAGCAAUGUUUUAAAUACAGUAGCAGAACCAAUAUUUUCUAAAGAAACACAGCCUCCACCAACACCAUCUGUUUCUGAAAAGUCUAGUGGAACUGAUACUACUGACAAUCGUGGGCCAACAGGAUCAGCUCCUGCCCCACCUCACCCCUCUCACUUUAUGAAGGGAGCCAUUAUUCAGCUGGCCACAGGGGAACUUAAACGAGUAGAAGAUUUGCAGACUCAAGAUUUUGUGCGCAGUGCAGAGGUAAGCAAUGGCCUUAAAAUUGACUCCAGCAUAGUAAUGGAUAUACGCAAGAGCCAACAGAAGCCCGGCCUGGUAGCCCUACAAUUCACGGUUGGUGAACAGCAGAAUAAAGUGACCAUUGAUGUUCCUCCAGAGCACCCGUUCUUUGUUUUUGGCCAGGGAUGGUCCUCUUGCAGCCCUGACAGGACAGUGCAGCUGUAUGGGCUAUCCUGCCAUCAACUACAACUGGGAGAUGUCUGUGUAUCACUCACUUUGCAACAGCAGUCGCAGGCAAGGACCAUAGCCGUCAACAGUGUUGGUGAUGCAGUAACUGGUAGCUCCCAGACUAGCGGUCCUCCCGAAUCUCAGCAAGUGAGAACCGUAGAUCAGUAUCACACAGAGAGAACUUGUAUUGAAAGGCAGGGCGAGGCUGAAGCAAUGCAAGUGGAACGGGGAGUAGAGGAAUCACUCCAGUCAAAAAGGACAUUGUCAGACCAGGCCAAAGGUCAGACGAAUUAUUAUUUGCACACUGAGAAUCUCCCAGGAACAAGAGUAGGGACGGCUGUGUCAACAAGUGUGUCUCGGCAACACUGGCCAGCACCCAAUUUCCAAAGAUAUGGGAUCAAAAAUGAGGAGAGGGUCAGUCCUUCAUCUGGCCCUUCUAGGCCUUCUUUUAUCCCUCAGGAGGUCAAGUUGUCCAUUGAGGGGCGUUCUAAUGCAGGAAAGUAGCAGCAGAAUGAGAUUGUUCAAGGAAGGAGAAUGAGUGUGGAACCUCAGAAUGCUAGAGAAUAAUUUGCACAGUAAGGAGGAUUCAGUCCUCUUCUUGUUAACAUUAAUCCAAUUAACUUAGUGGAUUCCAGUUCAGGUCCUUUGGACUAUUACAUUAAUGGGUUUCCAUCAAGCAGGGGCUUUUAAAACUGGCAUUAAUAACACGAUAUCCUGAAGUAAGGUCUCAGACACAGCAUGCUUGUGUAACAGAGUGAGUCGGUGUGCUAAAUGACUGAACUUGGGAGCCACUUCUCUAAUACCCCCCAUAUAUUAUGGGAAAUCAUUACACUCAUCUGAUUUUCAGGGAGUAUGAACUUUAACAUCAAAAUAUUAUAACAUACAAAUGUUUAUUAACCUUUUCUGCACUGUUUGACAAGCUUAUUAUCGUCAGUUGUAAAGAAUCAAUGUUCCUAAACGUAUUAGUAUAGUCAAAAAGAAAGGGAUGCUGGGAAAGAAAGUUCUGGAGUUUAUUAUCCCAGCCUUGUUUUUUUUUUUUUUUAGCACGUUGAGAAUCAGGGGCCCUCCUCAAUUUCAUGAACCUUUUGAAAUGAUACUACUAGUGAUGGGACAAGGACAAAAAUUAUGUAUGUGUUUAUUUAUAUUUAUCAUCAGAAAUGUCCAGGUAUGAAGACGACUACUCAUGUAACAUUAAUUUACCAAAAAAUCAAUGCAGAACCUUUAAAAGGUCAAAAUAUGCUUUGGUUUAAAAAUGCAAAACCAAAUGUUUUUAAAACAUAAUGAAGGUUUAUCAGCUUUUAACAAAAUUACAAUUGACUGUUACAUUUAAUGUGCCCCACCGUACGUUGUUGACGUUUGCAUCACACUAAUCUGCAUUCCUGUUCUAACUAUGAUCAGCGCUGCCUCUUUUUCAUAAAUUUAGCUCCAUAUUAACCUUGGUGCUCCACUUCACCAUUUCAAAACUCCUUACCUUCAGCACUUGAGUGAAUACAGCAUAGAAUCGUAAAGUCACCAUGACAGAUCUAGACAAAGUGUUGUGUGAGCCAUGCAAAUACAAAACAUAUCGCAUCAUCUUCUCACCUUUCAAAAAAGUUGCCUUCUUUUGAUGUGUUUUCAUUGACGACACCAUGCGGCUGUCUCUAUUGAGAUGCAAAAUAUUGAAGUGGCAAAACGUUCACACCUUUCUACUGUCUUCACCCAAACUGAGUGCCGUUCCUUUCCUUUUGGAGGAUAGUGGGGAUUCUCCAAAUAAACCCAGCCCAGUGUCUACGUUUGUUUAGUCGAUUGAACCCGAGGUUUCUCAGGCCUGCCUUUGUAUGAAAGAAUAAAGUCCGACUCCGUAUUUUCAGUUUUAGAAUGAAAGUCCAGUAAUCCCAAUGGGACAAAAAAAAGGAAAUGAACCAGGAAAAGCAGCUCGGUCAUCUUCCAAGGUGACUUCUUUCUGUUACUGUGUACCUACAGAAGACUUACUUUCUUAAAGUCAGGAGGUUCUCAAUUGCCUUAAUGUUUUUUAUCAGGGUCACGUCAUUUUUUCCUUAGCCAGAUUCUUCCAGUUUGUUUUUUUCCCCCCAAACAUAGUUCUCAUUGUAAUCUGUGACUGUCCAGUAUUGUAGCAGAUGCCUUUAUUACUCUUAUCUACACGACAGCCUCAUUGGCACUGCAACCACAAAAGACAUCCUGCAGUGACGGCCUAAAGAAAGAGAAGCACUGUGGGACCAGAUUUGGGCCACGUGGACGGUGAGUUGACACCAUCCCAUUACUUUUGCUGCGGUCACCUCUCCUUUUUGUAGACUGGUGUGGUAAACAGUUGGUUACCAGUGAUAUCUGACCAGGCUUUUGAUUCAAGGAUGCCAGACAUUUAAUCCUAAUAGUUGCUGAUAAGCAAAAAAUUACUUUGUGACCUUCAGUGAUUAAUCUACUGGUACUUUUGGUGUUAUGCGAAUUUACUGACUUGACCAAUUUAUUCACAGUCUCCAGGUAGCAGUCGCAUCGGUUUUGCUUUUAUUCUCCAUUAGACCAGGAACACUUUUCUUAAUACAUGUUACUGUGUUUAAUGGAAUACAUCCGUCAUUGAUACGUAGCUGUUGAAUGAUUGUCGUGUGUUACAGAGAGUUGCACCAUCUUACUGUAUACUGUACGCACACAUUUUUAACCCUGUUUGCCUAACCAUCUUCUAAUACAAAGACAACCAUUCUACUUCUAAGCACUCACUGGCGUUCUUCCAGCUGUCUCUCUGGCUUAGCCCUUGCAGCAUAAUUAGGAAAGGCCAACUGAAACGUUCAUAAUGGUCAAGGAUAUUGUGACUGUGUCUUGUUUUACUUACUCAGAUUUGGGGGAAAAGUUUACUUUGAGAAGAAAAGAAAAAUAACGUAAGUCAUACACAGGGAUUGGUCUGUUGGGAGGUGUUUGCACGUAAAGGUCUACUGUCAUUUGGUGUUUGUUUGUGAGUUCGUUGUGCUCUGCUAAAUUGUUCUCCUGCAGGAUAACUUUUACUUCUGUGCCUUUCCGCAAACACAUGCUGGAAAACUGCUGUAUGUACUUUAAAAUGCAUUCAUAGAGUGGGAAAUGAGCUAGAAGCAAUAUUCAUAUAUUCAUAUAUAAUAAUCAUGGCAGAGAUGGAGGGGAUGCUUCAGUCCAAAGCUCUAAAGAAUGUGCAGCUUGAGUGGCAAUAAUAAACAGUCGUACACUGCUCCGGAAAUCAUUUCAUUUCAAGUUUUGCUUAAUUUGAAGGCCCAUUUCAAGUAUAUUCUUCAGAAUUCUUGAUACUAAAAAAAUAAAUUGUUCAGAAGACCCCGAGCAUUUGUUUCUGUUUAAAAUUUAUAUUAAGACACAAUGGAGGGCCUGUUAGUGCAAAGUCUAUUCAUUUGCCCUUUUGACUUGGCGUCACUACUGCAGCCUCCACAAAAAGUGUGAAGGAAAUUCAAGCAAUUGUGAAAUUUUAGCAGUGGUGAAAUGAUUUUAUUUAUUUUAUGUUUAUAUUGUCUCCUGGAUCCCAGAGUGAAGAAAUAUAUGCAGCGUCUGCAAUAAGAAGCCUCAAACCUAAGAGUUUUGAAAUGUGAGGGAACUUUGUAAUACACUGCAGUAAAAUGAAUGGGGGUGACUGGAACGUAAAAGAUGACAAAAGUCACAGAGCAGAGUGGGACCAUCUGUGAGAGGCUCUUCAGAGCGGGUAACCUUUCAGAGCCUCGAUCUUCUCCAGUAUUAGACGACUUGAAAUGACACAGUGCAUUCUGUAUUUUCUAUACUGUAAAAGUGAUUUGAUGGCCCGGUGUGUUUACUUCCGAUUCAAAUGACCUGUUUAUAUGCGCAGUAGUUUAAUAAAAGCAGGUAUCCCUCCUUAAACAGCAAUGUGGAAUUGUUGCUUGUACGGUAACGUCAUGUAGGAAUCCUCAUUCCAAGUCAUUGCUGAUUCAGGGCUUCUACUUGGAGCAAUAUGUAGACGUGGGGGGGGGGAUCAGUCAGCCUGAGACAAAAAGAGCUGAGGCUUUAGAUAGAGAGCACCACUGUAAUACAAGACCAGAAGACAGACAGACACAGAAGAUUCUCGGUCCCUCAGUUGAUUUGUGUGCUGCUCUGCUGUUGCCUGAACAGGGUAACUGCUCUCCGUCUUACUCCAUCUUGAAUUUACCUUUUUCCAGGCAAACAUAUGUAUUUGUGCCGUUUUACCAGUCAGCACUUUUGAUCCCUGCCUAUAACAAUAUACUUUAAAAUCUCAGAAAGGUUUAGAAUUGAAAUAUUCAGAAGACAAACCUUUUUUAGUGCGUAACAAUUCACAGCAAUCCCUUUUCAGCUUCAACUAUUUUGUCUCUUUUGGUAUCUCCUUCUGGUCUGCUUUUUAUACAUUCGUUGUCCGCUAAAUCCAGGGCCGGAUUAAGAGCUUUGGGGGCCCGUAGCACAUUUCAAAUUUGGGGGCCCUUUUGGUCUGCAUCAUCUCAAGUUUAGAUUCUGAACAGUUCAAACCGGACUAAAUAAUUACUUUACUCUCGAUUAUAAUAAGAAUCUUACGAAUUUUAUGUGUUGGGCCCCUAAAGUUUUGUUGUGUAACAAAUUGACAGUUUAAAAACGUAAAGAUAAUAUUUUUAAAGACCAGUUUUUCAAUGCUACACUUUUUCAUUAAAUAUUGGGUCCACCAUUUGGGGGCCCCCGAAAUUGCGGGGCCCGUAGCAUAUGCUACAUGUGCCUAUUGGUUAAUCCGGCACUGGUUAAAUCCAAUGUCAUACUGUACUUUUGGAAAAUCUCAUCAGAAACAUCCCCCCCUGCUCUCCAAGCGUGGUUUUAACACUGUGGCCCUCUUCAAAACUAAAAACCAGGUGCACAUUCAGUUGUGUGCCUCUUAUUUGGUGAAUACGUGGCCCCACAACUCUGCACAAGCCUCACUAGUAUUGGACGCUGGCCGUGCUCAUGUCCUGGGUGGGCAUUUCUAGUUGCUAAACUUUGCCCUGCCUGAAGUGCUGUAAGGUUUUAGGAAUCUCUGCCGUUGUCCUUUAAAUGGAUAGCUCUUGUCCUCUCCUUUAUUAGUCUGUUAAAUGUCAGCUAAGGCCGUUAAUGGCAAUGCGUGCUGUAAAUAUGUAGGCAGUUAGGGCUGAAAGAAGGGAGUCGGACAUUUAGACCCCGAGUGUAUUUCCCUUUCCUGCUGAAUCUCCUCUCUUGUUGUACACUCAAAUUGAGCUUUAAAUGAAAAGUUUACUCUGAUCACUGCAAGAGCCCUCUGUAUUGUUUCUUAUCCAGUACUUACAGGGUGGGCCAUUUAUAUGGAUACACCUUAAUAAAAUGGGAAUGGUUGGUGAUAUUAACUUCCUGUUUGUGGCACAUUAGAAUAUGUGAGGGGGGAAACUUUUCAAGAUGGGUGGUGACCAUGGUAGCCAUUUUGAAGUCGGCCAUUUUGGAUCCAACUUUUGUUUUUUCAAUAGGAAGAGGGUCAUGUGACACAUCAACCUUAUUGGGAAUUUCACAAGAAAAACAAUGGUGUGCUUGGUUUUAACGUAACUUUAUUCUUUCAUGAGUUAUUUACAAGUUUCUGACCACUUAUAAAAUGUGUUCAAUGUGUCAGGUCUGAGCAUUCCUAGAUGAACAGUUUCCUGGAAAGUGGAUUGGUCGUCGUGGGCCAGUUGAAUGGCCCCCAAGGUCUCCCGAUCUGACCCCCUUAGACUUUUAUCUUUGGGGUCAUCUGAAGGCAAUUGUCUAUGCUGUGAAGAUACGAGAUGUGCAGCACCUGAAACUACGGAUACUGGAAGCCUGUGCUAGCAUUUCUCCUGCGGUGUUGCUAUCAGUGUGUGAAGAGUGGGAGAAGAGGGUUGCAUUGACAAUCCAACACAGUGGGCAGCACAUUGAACACAUUUUAUAAGUGGUCAGAAACUUGUAAAUAACUCAUGAAAGAAUAAAGUUACGUUAAAACCAA